AUGCGUCUUCCAUAUGUCCCCAAUCCGCCCCCUACCACCACUCCUGAAGAGGCAGAAAUCCUCAAUCGGGUGCAAACCCGACGCGGUGAAAAAGGCUUAAUACCUCUGGAUCUCGCCCUUCUGCACUCAUUCCCAGUUGCCGAUGGGUGGAAUUCGUUCAUCGGGGCUAUCCGAACCCGCACUAGCCUCUCCCAAGCUAUUCGUGAACUUAUCAUCUGCCGCAUCGCUGUGGUCAACGGAGCCUGGUUCGAAUGGGAUCAGCACUCGCCCUUGCUCAUGGAAGGUGGAUGCAGUGCGGAAGCGGUGGCAGUCGUCCGUGACGCUCAGGCUGACAUCCCCCAGAAAGCGCAAGAGAAGGUGCUAAGUCCUGAGGAGGCUGCGGUGUUGAAGUAUACAGAUGCCAUGACGAAAACUGUUACUGUACCCGAUGAUGUGUUUCAAGAAUUGAAGGGACUUUUCAACGAUCGAGAGGUUGUGGAAAUCACUGCCACUGCAGCAGCUUACAACUGUGUUAGUCGGUUCCUGGUUGCACUGGACGUUGGAGAGAAAAACCAUUAA